AUGUCGUCCUUUUUCACUGCGCCGGCCUCCCAGCGCAAGAGGAAGCGCACCUCGGCCGCCGCACCUGACAGGCCCAAGACGCAGCGCCGCCGUCGCGAGGAUUCCAUUUCUAGCGAAGAUUCAGACCAGGGCGACCACCCGGACAACGACGACCAUGGCGACACCGACGACACGGCUUCCGACGCCGCAGACGAGACGGCUGCCGAGCGCCGCCUGCGCCUCGCCGAGCGCUACCUGGACAACAUUCGCGAGGAGGUAGACGAGGCCGGCUUCGACGCUGCCGAGAUUGAUCGCGACCUCAUCGCCGAACGCCUCAAGGAAGACGUUGCCGAGGCCAAGGGUCGCCUCUACCGCCGCAUUGCAUCCUCCCUCGACUUCUCUGCCGCCGAGCACACCCUCUUCCGCGCCGACAACCAGGCCACCACGGCCGCCGCAACAUGCCCGCCCUACGCAUACACGGCCACCAAAGACAUGGCUCUGAUCAAAUGGUCUAUACCCACACCCCCCGAUUCGACCGCCAACCUGCCCACCAGCCUUACUCCCCGCCGUCGUCCCACCCAGCUCGUCUAUACCAAGGGAAACAAGAACCGCGCCAACGACCCCACGUUCCACCACCACACUGCGCCCAUACUCUGCAUCGCCGCCUCUGGCGAUGGCAAGUUUGUUGCAACCGGCGGUGCGGACAGGAAGCUCAUCAUCUGGCGCGCCGGAGACCUCACGCCUCUGAAGGUCUUCACCCAACACCGCGAUGCGGUAAUAUCUCUUGCCUUCCGCCGCGGCACGAACCAGCUUUUCAGCGCGAGCAAAGACCGAACGAUCAAAACGUGGAGUCUGGAUGAACUGGCAUAUGUCGAGACGCUGUUUGGACAUCAGGACGCAGUCAUUGACAUUGCAGCGUUGGCGCAGGAGAGAUGUGUCAGUGUGGGAGCACGGGAUCGGACCGCAAGGCUGUGGAAGGUUGUCGAGGAGAGCCAGCUGGUCUUUCGCGGCGGCGGGACGAGUGUCACGAGAACGAACAGGUCUGGUGGAAGCACGAGCAAGGCAGGAGGGGGUUAUGCAGAGGGCAGCAUCGACAGGAUCGCGCUCGUCGACGAGGAGACGUUCGUCACUGGUAGUGACAACGGCUCCAUUUCGCUGUGGUCCAUCAACAAGAAGAAGCCCGUCUUCACGCUACCACUCGCACACGGCUUGGACCCGCCCAUGAGGCCCGACGAGGUGCAUGCGGACGCCAAACUGGAGGGCGAGGAUGUCUGGAUACCGCCGCAACAGCCGAGGUGGAUCACUGCACUGAUCACCAUACCAUACACGGACGUGAUUCUCAGUGGAAGUUGGGAUGGGUGGGUUCGGGCGUGGAGGGUUAGUGAGGAUGGCAAGAGGAUUGAGCCGCUGGGAGCCGUGGGCCAAACGUCGCCAGGCGAAGGCGGUGACGGGCCGAUGAGCGACAGCGUAACGGCGACCCAGGAGAGUGGAACGGCGAAGGUCAGGGGCGUCGUCAAUGAUCUCUCGGUGUUCGAGCGGGGCGACAGGGGUCGGGACGGGAUCUGCGUCGUCGCGGCCGUCGGUAAGGAGGCGAGACUGGGGAGAUGGCGGAAGUUUGCGGGCAAGAACGCCGCCGUGGUUAUGGAAGUGCAGAGG